AUGGAUGUUUAUUCAUCAACAGAUAUUGGUCAUGUAUCAUUUUCGGGUUUAAAUGAACCAUGUUCUAUUGGAUCAAUCGUCGAAGUUGUUAUUAAUGCUCAUGGAGAUUCAUCGAAUGGUUCUGUAAUAGUUGAAGCAAUUCCACCAUCAGGUCGCCUGAAAAAGUGCCAGGUUUAUGGCUUGGAUGUUGGACUAGUCGGACAAGAAUUGAAAUUCAGUGUGAAUGCAUCUCAAGCUGGCGAAGGCAGAGUCAAGGUAUCAGUCUUAAGACAUGGUCGAUUACUUCCUUGUGAUGUCCUAGAACAAGGAAAUUCUGGCCUGUAUCGAGUAAGUUUCACACCAGAUGGUGCAGGACAAUAUAAAAUUCAUGUCCUUUUCAAUGAAAUGGAAGUAAAAGGUUCACCCUUUAUACUGGAUAUUGCUGAUGCUAGUUCCUUGUCAGUAUAUGGUGAUAAUCUUCGAAUGGCAUCUGUGGAUCGCUUAAGUACCUUUACGAUUCAUGCUGUGGGUGCAGAUCCCAAAGAUAUCACAGUCACAAUAACAGCACCAUCGGGUAAAACUAAAUUAGCGCGCAUAUAUCAGACCGACGAUGUAACAUAUAAAGUGGAGUGGAAAGCAGUAGAAACUGGUGAACAUUCCAUUGAUGUUUGUCUAUUCAACCAAAGCAUCUAUGAAAGUCCAUUUUUAUGUAACGUAGGUGAUCCAGAUCUUGUAAGUGUGCGGAAUAUGCCUGAUUUCAUUGAUGCCGACCAACUUUUCAAGGAUUACACUUUCGAAAUUGAUGCCUCGGCAGCUGGCUCAGGAAAUUUGGAGAUUAUGAUCAAUGGUGGUCGAGUACCAUGUAGAGUUCGAGAGCUUGGUGGGCGUAGUUACCUUGCAUCUUUUACACCCACUCAAGCCGUUCCUCAUGUUAUCGAAAUGCGCUUUAAUGGUGAGAAUGUCCGACUUUCACCAUGGAUGAUUCAUGUAAAGAAUCAACAACCAGAAAUACGAUACGAAAUUGAACAUCACGUUAAACGUAAAGUUGAAAGUAAAAGUACGGAGCGAAAAGAAUCUUGGUACAUAGAAUUAUCUGGUGUCGGCCUGCAGCGUGCAGCAGUCGGGAAGUUGACUUCUUUUGAAAUUUUUGGUGAUAGUAUCGAAAAAGAUGAUAUUCAGAUUAAAUUUUGGGAUCCAUAUGGUAAGGAAGUACCAGUAAAAAUUAGAAGAUCUGAAAAUAAAUUUGUUUGUGAAUACAAAAUUGAUAAGGUCGGCGAACAUCGCCUGGAGAUGUUAAUUUGCGGCAAGAAAACUGAACCAUAUCCAUUGUUUAUCUCUGGUUAUUCUCUAGACAACGUUAAAAUAGAACCGCUUGGUGGUGGAUUGCCUGGGCAAGCUGUUCAGUUUUUCGGUUAG